AUGGCACAAGACUCAAGCCAAAACCCCUUUGACGAAUUGAUCUCCAAGUGUCAAGGCAACCCGGCUAAGAUUCAAGCUCAAUAUGAAGCGCACCGGUCUACGAGGAAUGCAAAGUCCAAGGCCCACAUCCUCAGUCCGAACUUCACAGGAUGGCAGGUCGAUGAAAUCCUGAAGAAGCUACAUAUACAGACGACUAUAUCCAGCCAUGACGGCCAGACACCUUUCGUUGAUCACAGGAACAAUCUCAACUUUUACGCACGACCCCCACAACAUAUAAAGGACUUUAUUGCUGAGAUUCAAAAAGAAAUUCAGAGUGUUGUGCCAAGCAUAUGGCUUACACCACCCGACUUCUUACAUAUGACUGUCCUUGAGAUGGCCAGUUCCCGGUCUUCUUUGGAGAUCGACGCUCUUGUCUCUCACCUAGAGCAAAGUGGUGUGAUUCCGGAUUUGGUCAACUAUACCUUCAACCACCGGGCACGGCUGGUCAAGCCUAGUGUCAGCUUCGACGCAGCAGCCAUGGCCCUGAGCUUCGUUCCUGCCUCCGGAGAGCAAUCAGGAUGGAGUCGCGCCGCGGACGACGACAAUUAUACGUAUCACCACCUGCGACGAGAUCUGUACGCUGGGGUCGCAGCUACGGGAUUACAACUGAAGCCUAGGUACCUAGUACCCUCGGCGCAUAUCACGAUUGCCAGGUUCAUCACACAUGAUGGGUUUCAGCUUGAGAAGUUGGGCGUGGAUGGGGAAUUGGCGUUUGGUUGUGAGCGCGUUGCGGCCUUGGUAGACAAGGUCGAGCAGAUCAACCAGAAAAUCCAAGAAAAGUACUGGCCUCGAGUGAAUCGGACCGUAUCUUCUGAAGCAGAAUGGAUUGUGGGAGAAGAAACGGGGUUAGAGCUUUGCAAGGGACCAUGGCGAUCCGAAGAGAAUAAUGGUAAUAACGGAGAUGAUGCCUGGGGCAGCCAGCGGCCUUGGCACACACACCCGAAGCGGUUAGUGCCCACCCGAAACAGGGCCCUAAGCGAACGAAAUCCCACAACCCACGUACAGUCCGACUCGCUCCUCUCCGACAAGAGACUAUCCAACGACCACCAAUCUCGCGAUCCGGCCAACUCAGUCAAAAUGGUCAACGUUCCCAAAACCCGCCGGACGUACUGCAAGUCCAAGGAGUGCCACAAGCACACUCAGCACAAGGUCACCCAGUACAAGGCUGGCAAGGCCUCCCUGUACGCCCAGGGUAAGCGUCGUUACGACCGCAAGCAGAGCGGUUACGGUGGUCAGACCAAGCCUGUCUUCCACAAGAAGGCCAAGACCACCAAGAAGAUCGUCCUGCGUCUUGAGUGCACUGCCUGCAAGACCAAGAAGCAGCUCGCUCUGAAGCGUUGCAAGCACUUCGAGUUGGGUGGUGACAAGAAGACUAAGGGUGCUGCUCUUGUUUUCUAA